CUGCUACAUAUAUAACCUAAAGUCUAAACGCCCUUCGGCGUACAGCACUUGACUUAACACGGCGGGAGCAAUAGCCUGAGUAGAGUUUGUACCAUGAUCGUGCAUGACUUUAAAUCUAAGAUGAGUUUAGGCAGGCGUUCCAAAGGUUUUUGGGCCUUGUUUGUUACACUUGUUAUUUUACUUGGGUUAAGCGUAAACCUCCUUCAUCCAGGUCCAGCCAACGUUAUGAAAAAAUCUAUUCCAACAUCAGUCUGGAGUCAUUUUGACACUACAAGCUGUCUGCAUCGUGCUGUUGAAACAUGCAUGGAAGAAGACGGGAAGAAACAUUAUGAAAGUAAAAGCUCACGAAAGAUUCUUUUAGACUGUGGGGGAAACGUUGCAUCUACGGUGGAACUAUUCAAAGAGACCUACCCAGGAGGCCGUGAAUUUAUCAUUCAUUCCUUUGAAAUGGAUCCCCGCUUAGCUCCGUACUUUGCGGCCUACCCCGAUGUUGUUUUUCACAACCCUGUUGCUGUAUCAAACAAAGACAGUUUUACCAUGUCAUAUCUUGAAACUGUGUGGUUUCCCGAAAGAAGUUUAAGAAAGAACAAAGAUUGGAUGAUGGGAGGAGGAACAAUUUUCGCUUACGACGACGAAAAGAAGGACAACAAGACAGGGGGCGCCAGGAAUCUUUCUCGCCACAUUCGUGUUAAAACCAUCGACUUUUCAAAGUGGCUCCGUGAAAACAUCCACGAAGAGGAUUAUGUUAUCUUUAAACUGGACGUCGAAGGGGCAGAAUAUGAUAUCUUGCAAAAGAUGGUAGAUGACGGGACAUUCCAUCUUAUCGACAAAUUUUAUGGAGAAUGUCACUUCUGGCAUCCUACUGGCUGGAAUGAACAUCAGAGACAAGAACUUUUGAAGAAAAUUAAAACAAUUGGAUUCACACAGACCUACUGGGCUGGUGAGGAGAGAACUUAUGCCGACUUCGAUGAUCUGCAUCAAUCUCAGGUAGCAUACGACGCCCCUGGAAUAGGAGGACAGGUCCUUUCCACAUGCUCCCCGUCCUCAUCUGGCGAACUCUCCGUGUCUGUCGUCGUGCAAGUUGGGAUGAAUCUUAAGUCCGCUAGGAAGCUGGUAACUACCCUACAGGCGUACCCCAAAAGAUUUCCAAUUACCCUGUUCGUCUAUGGGGAUUUUGCAGAGUCACGUCCAGAAGUUGUACGCGAGUGGGCGAGCUACUUUAACAUUGGAAUUCGUGAGAACCAGCCCUAUCCAUACGGGGUUUUUGAAAUGCAGAAUUUCAACAUUACUCGAGAGAGUAUAGUUAGUUCUGAGAUGCGACUGAACGAAGUGGGGAUCCCGGUCUACUACUAUUUACCAGAUGCUAUACAAGAACGGAUCAAAACUAUAGCUCAGAAACGGAAACUCAGGAUAGUUGUACCAACUGUCAUAUUUCCUCCUAAAGAGAAUGGGAUCUUGACGUGGGAUAACUACCAUCAACACCAUGACGUGGCGAGGGUUCCUAAAGCACUUCGACUGAUCGACAGCCAGCUGAUGAAAAGUGGAGGGAUCUUAUGUUUGGACUCCGACUUCCCCGACAGCGUGAUGAUCUCCGUCUUUCUGAUGGACUACCUUGUAGAAAUGUCUCAGUAUGAGCUAGUUAACCUCGACAAGUGUUUCUGAAGUUGAAAUAUUCUUAUUUAGAAGCAAAAACGUUAUAUCAUUGUUUAUUAUAUGAUAGAUCAUUGUUUAUUAUAAGAUCCUUUUAUAUUCAAAUAAUAACAUUGACUUUCCAGCCGAACGCCAUAUCUAACAAAUAGAACCCCAUUUCCAUUUCGAAUACUCUGUCAAAAGCAGUCAUUUGGGGAGAAAUUGGCCAAACAAAAAUGUUACGCCUUUACACUGAAGACUAAGCAUAUUGAAGACAGAGUAUAGUUGAUUUAGGAAGGGUGGGCGCUACAAAGCAAUACUUUUUCCAUGGGGAGGAUACAAAUGUAAAUCAGUGUAUGUAGAAGGGACAGGACUUUGUAAUAGCGGACUUUGUUGUAGGGUCCUAUAUUUGACCAGGCCAUGGAAACGACGGCAUUCACGGAAUCGAGGCUUGUUUCAAGCGCAAGGGAUGUUGGAUACAAACUUGUGGCGGCAAAAUUGAAAUUUCUCUUUCCUGUGGUUUGUCCUACAAGCUACACUGACGCUGUGUAAUGUAGGAGCAUUGUGUUGGGUGCUUUCCUGGGAACUAUUGAGCCAACCAAUGCCGAAAUAUGGUAAGGUCACUUUCCAGAUUCGUUCUAGAAAAACAAUGGGGUAGAUGGGAAAACAUUUCCUGCAAUAAUGCCACUGUGAAAAUCAUCUAAUAUUAUGAAUAAACCAUCAUAGUAAUCAUACAUCAAAACAUCCAAGUUUUCAUCACAAACUUUUCUUAAGAAUGUAUAUGAAAAAAAAAACACUUGAAUACAAAGAAGACAUAGAAAUUUUGAUGUGAGGCCAGAGGGUAAUGAGAAAAAAAGUGAAGAGGAAGAGGUGUGGCAUGAAUACACUGGAUUAUGAUAAAAAAAGUGACAUGACAUAGAGUAUCCUCUUCUUUAAUGUACAUAAAUUCUAUGUUGAAAACUUUUAUUCAUAUAAUUUUCCCAAUAUUACUCUUCAUUGAUAUCUCUUUAUAGAAUACUGGAUUCAUUCGUUUGUACUACUGAUAUUAAAUUUGAUGUACCUGUAGUUGGUAACAAACUUGCCAGGUUUACCUUACCAUAGCCUGACUAAAAUCAAGCCCCUAGCGGCCGGCCCUACAAUUGCCGCCACCCGUAGGAGGAGGGGGUCAUUAAGCCCAGCCGGCGAGAGCUUGUGUAAACACAGGCUAACCUUACCAUAAGUGCAUUAAACAAUAUCAUAAAUGCAUCAGAGAAUAUGUUUUAAUGUGUGUCAAAAUGAAUAUACAAAAAGUGGUAACACACAAUGGACCUAACAUUAGGUGGUGACAUGUAAUAUCAAACCAGUGGUUCCUAUCAUAGUGAUACUGAUCACAAUGCAUGAGAUAUUACACAAAGUUGUCUAUGACAUACAGAUACCACAAUAUAAUAUGCUGCAAAAUCCUUGUUUGCCAAGGCCCCUACACUUCCCAGGAGUAUAUGGGGGAGAUCUAAGAGGUAUAGGAGUUGGUCAUCUAACUUGGAUAGCACACAGGCUAGGAUAUUACUUCAUGCCAAAGGAAAAGGACAGACAAUAGAUAAGUACAUUUGUUUCAAUCCUAUACUAAUGUCAAUUCUACUAUUUCAAGCUACAUGUACUGUGUAAACAAUAUGGCUGACCAAAAUUCAGGAAACUCUGACUGUCUAUAAUACUAAAUCAAAUGAGUGGAUGUCUCCAAUAUCCAGGGGUAUAUUAAAGUGAUAUAUACUGUCAUGUUUUGAAUUACUUUGAAAAGAAUCAAUUGGUUUCUUUGAAUUCAUCCCAAUCAUUGAACUUCACUUAGUGUAAACAAUACAGCUGACUAAAAGUCUAGCAACUUUGACUGUCAAUAUUUACAGAUCAAAUAAGUGGAUCUCUCCAAUAUCCUUGAAUUCAGUAGAACGAUAUAUGUAGUCAUGUUUUGAUAUUCUUUCAAAAAAAUUAAUUGAUUUUUUAAAAUUUAUCCCAGUCCUUGAAGUUUACCUAGUGUAAACAAUAUUGCUAAGCAAAAUUCAUGCAACUUUGGCAGUCUCUAUUUCAGGAUCAAAUAAUCAAAUCUCAACAAUAUUCUGGAAUAUGUUGAAGUAGUUUAUGUAGGCAUGAUCUAAAAUAUUUUAAAGAGGAUUAAUUGAUUUCUUUGAAUUUAUCCCAGUCCUUGAACUUCCCCUAGUGUGAACAAUGUUGCUAAGCAAAUUUCAAGCAACUUUGGAAGUCAAUAUUUCAGCACCAUAUGAUUGGAUCUCUCCAAUAUCCUGGAAUAUGUUAGAGUGACUUAUGUAGUCAUGAUCUAAAUUACUUUCAAAAAAAUUAGUCAUUUUUUUUCAAUUUAUCCCAGUCCUUGAAGUUGACACACUUUGACUCUUUGACUACUGUGAGUGGGAGGGGGGCAAAUGCCUUGUGAGUUGAAUUUCUCGAGAUCGGCUUGAUCGAUUACCCUCACACUUGCAGUGUUGUAAGUGCUCAUGUACUAGUAAUGACAACAUGACUUUAUGUACGUUUUAAAGCUACCGUACUCUCCCAAGCCGAAGUUAAUGUUGACAGAGGCACCAAACUGGUGUCUCAUAGGGUAUAUUUUGUAGAAAUUGGGCGAUCGGCUACUCAUAUAAAUGUAUAAAUGACGUGAAAGAUAAAGGACACAUGUAUCCACCGUCUAUACGUACCUUGUGUGUAGUCAUCCAUGGUCAUCCCGGUGAGCAGUGGUCUGUUUUCUUGCACUCACUUCAGGUUUCCACAAAGAGCCGCCAUCUUGGAUGGCGGCCAUCUUGUAACAAGCCUAGUUAACCAUAAAGCAUUGCGACUCCACACCAGUGUACUUCUCACUAUGAUUUGACAUGUCGUCAAGUACCCGAGCUGUUUUCUUCUUAAUGUAAGUUUUGCUCCUGAGCACUUAUGCAAAUGCCAUGCAUGCAACAAACGCGGUAGAAACCUGUCACAGAUAUAAGUACCUAACUUUACACCUGCAUCGACCGCAUGCCAGAACAGGGAACGCUU